AUGGGUGGUUGCGUUGGCAGUCACCACGACUCCACGGGCAGCCUAAACGAGAACUCGGACGGCACUGGAGGGCGAAACCAGCCGCUUAAACGCGAACGGCCCAAAUGGAAAAGCGACUACCCGAUGACAGAGGGGCAGCUGCGCAGUAAGAGAGAUGAAUUCUGGGAUACGGCGCCAGCGUUUGAGGGACGCAAGGAGAUCUGGGACGCACUCCGAGCUGCGGCCAGUGCCUUCGAGGGCAACGACCACCUGCUGGCUCAGGCCAUUCUGGACGGGGCCAGCAUCACUCUUCCCCACGGAGCCCUCACAGAAUGCUACGAUGAGUUGGGGAACCGGUACCAGCUGCCCGUGUACUGCCUGUCUCCUCCGGUGAACAUGAUCGAGGAGCGGUCCGACGAACCCGACGGUUCUGACCCGGACUGCAGCGCGGUCGACCCCAACGCCACGACGGGGGUAGGCGGGGGAGGAGCUGAUCCCACGGCCGCAGUUGUCGGAGGAGAAUCCCAACUGCGGCUGCGGCUGUCGACGGGCCGCGACCUGCGUCUGACGGUGCGCUCCUCGGACACCGUGGGGAUGAUGAAGAGGAGGCUGCAGACCCAGGAGGGAGUCGUCGCCAACACCCAGCGCUGGUUCUUCUCCGGGCGGCCGCUAACGGACAGACUGCGCCUGGACCAGCUCAACAUCUCCAGAGACUAUGUGGUCCAGGUGAUCCUGAGCCAGCCGCCUGCCCCGCCCUCGCCCGUGCUGGUGGAGAGCCGGACCCCCGAGGCCGAAGUGGCGCCCCCAGAGCCCACCCCGGUCGAAAACUGA